UUUUGACACAUCUCCCUUAUAUUUGCUAACAAUAAAUAAACCCGCCGGAAGAACCAUGCAACUUCAAAACAAUUUUGUGUAGUCAGAAGGCAAGCAUUUUAGAUAUAAUAGGAACAAUGGCACUCAAAAGUGAGGCAGUUGAAUCGGAGAUUUAUGAAUCUUUAGGAUUAGACGGAAAGGAAAAAGGCGUUUCGGAAACUCCCAGAAUUCUUUCAAUUAUUUCUUCUGUUAUUCAGAGAACCAUUUACAACAACGAGAGAUUAUUGAAGACAUCAAACAAAAGGGACGUUGAGACGAUCUUCCAUGGUAUGAGAGCACCCAGUAUAAGCAUUCAACAGUACGUUGAGCGCAUUUUCAAGUACAGCAGAUGUAGCCCUUCUUGCUUUGUUGUUGCAUAUAUAUACCUGGAAAAAUUCCUUCAGCGGACGGGUGCUUAUCUUACUUCCCUCAACGCUCACCGCCUUCUAAUCACGAGCACCAUGGUUGCCGCAAAAACCCUCGAUGAUGAGUCUUAUAACAAUGCCUACUAUGCAAGAGUCGGGGGAAUAAGCACUGCAGAAAUGAACAGGUUGGAGACGAAGUUUUUGUUCAGUGUGGAUUUUAGACUGCACGUAACUGCCGAGGACUUCUUGAACUAUUCUCUGCAGCUUCAGAAGGAGGGUCUUCAACGCUACCAGAAUGGCCACCUCAAUUGACUGCCUUACAUCAACUGUU